UUUUUUUUUCAUUUUCAGGCACCAGGUAUAUUUAUGACUGAUAACAGUGAUGCAGAAAAAGGUGCAAUUAAAGCAGUGUGGCCCAAAUCCUUGCAAUAUCUGUGCCACUUUCAUGUAGGCCAGUCUGAAUGGCGAUGGUUGAAAGACAGCAAACACAAAGUACCCCAAGAGAAUCAACCAGGCCUUAUGAAAAUGCUUCAAAAUAUUAUGUAUGCUGAAUGUACCGAGCAGUAUGAAGAGGCUUUGGAGACGCUUAAAAGUUGUGGUCAAUCAAAUUAUAUCAAGCACCUGGAGGUUGAUCUUUUGCCUAUUAAGGAGGAAUGGGUGAAGAUGUUUAGGCAUGAUAUUAUUAGUCGAGGACAUGAGACAAAUAAUCUAGCUGAAGCUAAUAUCAGAAUCCUAAAGGAUGUUGUCCUUACCCGAACAAAGGCAUUUAACGUCACUGCAAUGGUGGACUUCACUGUGCGUAUCUGGGAGCCAUACUUUGAGUCCCGUUUGCUUCGCUAUGCAUAUGGAAGAGAAUCUGGGCCCCUUCUUCGUUUUGAAGAACUCUCAGGCAGAAUGCCUCAUGAUUCUAUAAAGAAGGUAAAACACAUGGGUGAUGACCUUUACCUUGUACCAAGUGGAAAUCCUUUAACACCUGACUUGACCUAUGAAGUUGAGAGUACAAUUGGGUGGUGCAGCUGUCCAGCUGGUAGGUGUGGUGCUCUGUGUAAACACCAGGCUCUUAUAUAUGAGCAUUAUGGUGGAGCAUUCCCAAACAUGCCGGCUAUAAAUUGUGUAGGAAGACAUGAGUUAGGGAUUUUGUCUCUGGGUGAUCAAUGCCCACCAUUAUCCUUCUUUGUAGCUGUGGGUGAGAAAGUGCCAGAGGUACGGAAUAUUUUAAUAUAAAUUUAUUUUA